GUGCGAUUGGAGGUAGCGGUUGUGUUAAGAGGCCUGUCCGUGUUAUUCUAUAAAUAAGUGUGUUUAGCGUGGAAAUUUAAACCAAUUUCAUUAUUAAAUAAUGGCAGAUACAGUGGCUGAUACAAAGGAGGCCCCAGUUGUUGGUACUCCAGAGAAGAAGGAAGUUGAGAAGAAGGUGGAUGUAGUAGAUGAAGACUCUAAGGCUUCAGAGAAUGGAGACGUGGAGAAACCGAAAGAGAAUGGAACAACUGAUGAUAAAGAAUCUGCAGAAGACUCAAAGGACAAGGAGGUUGAAUCUGCAGAGAAUGGUGAUUCCACAGAUUCAGUGGAGGUGAGUGCCACCAAACGGAAAAGUGGAGGUGGUGAUGCCCCAGAAGGCACACCAGCUGAAGGAGCAAGUCCAGAGAAGAAGGCAAAGCUGGAGGAGAAGCCAGCUGAAGCAGAGGCCAAGGCAACCAAUGGUGAACCUGAGGCAGUUGCCUAAAUUCUGCAGUAUACAAAUAAAACUUCUGUUAAUUUAAAUCAACCUGUUGUAUUGCGAGUGUGUGUGUCUUAGUGGGACCAAGUUUUAAGAACAAGGUGUUAGUUUAUGUUGCAGCACCCACAUGAGACCACUUUUCAACAUCGAUUGGUAUUUUCUGUUCUUUUCAAACUAUGAGCCAUCGUUAAUGGAAGAGUUUGAAUCGGAUAUAAACUGCAUACAUUGUGUUCUUCUAGUUGCUGAUUAUUUUUCUUAACAUUCCUGCAUCUAACUCUUUGGUGCAAAGAAUUAAAACUUGGACACAAGUAAAAUGAGUGGAGAUCCCAGUAGAUUUUAGGUAACUGAGUGAUCUUUAACUUAGAAGAGUGGGAUUAAAAAUCCCUCUUCUUUUCCACAGUAAGUCUCUGGCAGCAUCUGUAGUUUACAUUCUCUUAACGUGGUGCACAAGUGUAUUCUGGAUGUUAGAAAUGGAUAGUGAAUUGGUAUACAUUUUGAAAUCUAAAAUGUUUGUGCAAGAACAGUGCUUGUUAAUAAGGUUUUCAUUUUUCUAAUAUUACAAGAGAUCUUAUAAGAUCUGGCCAAAGCAUGCUUGACAGUACUGGAUGUAUAAUUCAGUGUUGUGAGGCAUUUUGGAUGGUUUCCAAACUGGGCCUUAUUGUAUGCUACACAGAGCAGUACAUAGAGUGGAAUUUGUUUGUGUUCAGUAUUGUUCUUACUAAAAUUAUCCAUUUUUGUUUUGAAAAAUUGAAUACAUGGUAGCACAGCUGCUGCUUGUUUUCGGAGGCACGUGAAAUUGGUUGCUGUUUAUCAUUUUCUGGUAUUAAUUAAGACUAUCCUCUGGAAGUUUUGUGCGGGUAAUUGAGUACACUGUUGAUAUUCCCGUACAAGUUUUAAAUAUCUGACUAUAAUUUUGCAGCACGAGUGACAGUUCAAACCUUGUGCCUAGAUUCAAGAUUAUUAAUUUCCAGUUAUAUAAAGGGCUAGGAGACUUAAUUGGAUUGGUGGCAGCAUGAAUAACUAAUAUGUUGCCUGCAGUUAUUGGUAUAUGUUAGAUGAGAAAUAAAUGUUGUAGGGAAGUGACCCUGUUCUUUGUGGUAUUUAACUCUUGCCUAUUGUUUGUCACUAACAAUUAGUCACAUUCUGUAAUUAAUUUUUCUUUAGAAGAAAACUAAUGGUCUCAAGUGCACCGUAUGUUUGAAAGGUUGGAAACUGAACUAGAGAAAUCUACGCAGAUUUUUAAUUACACCACACUGUGUUCUUUCUUGAAAACUUGGAAUUUUUUCUACCAAUUCAACUGACUUUUUUAUUGCUUUAUUUCCUUGGCCAAAAGAGAAACUUGUAUUUUGAGAACUUGUACGUUGUACUUGAUGUAUAGAUCUGACAUUUGUUUUUUUCAGUACCUAUUUGAUCUGAAGUACAAUCACCACAUUCUCAUGCUUAGUUGUGGUGUAGGCAUGAACCCUAUAUGUACAACACAGUGGUGAAUUUAGAGUUCAGAUCUUAAUUCAUGUAUUGUACAGAUUGAAUAAAUGCUAUCACUCUUUGUGUUCAAGUUACAUUUGAUUAGUGCAUAAUGGCAAUAAAGAGUUAGUUUCCAGUAUA